AUGGGCAAGAAGCCAGCUCAGCAGUAUGCGUGGUGCUCGUGCGGAGAGUGGACCUACAACUGGAGGAUCGAGGAGCUUGGUGGCAAAUGCCUGUUCUGCAAGAAGCAGCUUGAACCGUUCAAGCCCAAGAAGAAGUACCCGAAGUCCGAUGGCGGAGGCACCCCGCCAUGGAGAGAGCCGUCGGCAAUAUCGCUGCGAGACUUUCUUCCUGAAGAGCUUCGGGCUACGCCUGCCGCGCAAGCGUUGCAGGCCGAGAUCGACAAGGCAGAGCAGGAGAAGCAGCAAAAGGCCACCAAGGACCCGUCCGCGGCGAAGCAGGCGAUGCUCAGGGCGGAUCGCAUCGCGGAGCAGGAGGAGCAACGCCUCAUCAAGACGGCCAACAGGCUCCUCGAUGCUGAGCAGGCGCUGGAGGAGGCCAAGAGGGUGCACAACCUCCAGAUCGAGACCUCCCUCGCCGCCGAGGCCGAGCGCACGAAGGCGCGCGACGACUACUGGCGCUUGGACCCGACUCCCAGGCGCCCUGAACCCAAGGAUUCAGCUGCAGUGUUCUUUGAGGUGGACUCCGCCCUCUUCGAGAACAUUGACGAGUACGAGGACUCUGUGCAGGAGUCACUGCGCCAGUGGCAGGCAGAAGUCGCCCGCCACCAGCAGGAGCUUCAGGCGGGCCAGAAACGCUUUGAGGAGCUCCUCAAGAGUAUCAAGGCGGCCGUGGAGGAGCCCGCCAACAAGAAGAGACGCACCCCUGAGGGUGCAGUGCACGGGGCGGCGCCUGCGGCUCGUGCUGACCCGCCAGCCAAGCAGGCCCCACCGACGGCGCCAGCCCCGCCCAUCGUGCCGCCUCCCGUCAAGGCGGCGCCUGCCAAGGUGCCAGCGUGCCCGCCAGCCAAAGGUGGAGGCACAGCGGCGCCUGCGGCACCGUCGGCGGCCGAGCGCACGGCCAACCUCAUCACGGAGGAGCAGGCCACCGCUGCUCGUGAGGCCAUCUCCCAGAAGGCCAAGGAGGCAGCGGCUGCGGCGAAGCAGACAGGGAAGCCCGCCACUCUCACCGCCGCCAAGGAGGGCCUCAGGCAGGCACAGGUGGCGUUGUUCUUCGGCAACGUCACCCAAUGGGGGCCCACAGCCUCCAAGUACAUUCACAAUAUUCGCAACCACUACAAG